AUGAUGAAACGGUCUCAAUCCAAGGGAGGAACAUCAAAUGGACCAAAUUUGGGAACCGGAAGAGGUAAGGAGUCCGAAAUGUAUCUCUGUGCCUCCACAUUGUGGGAACAUACUUGUAGUGUAUAUGAUGAACUAGACGGACCCAUACUUACCCAAACAUGGAUUAAUAGGUUCUACAUGACUAUGAGGAGAAACAUGAUGAAACGGUCUCAAUCCAAGGGAGGAACAUCAAAUGGACCAAAUUUGGGAACCGGAAGAGGUAAGGAGUCCGAAAUGUAUCUCUGUGCCUCCACAUUGUGGGAACUUACUUGUAGUGUAUAUGAUGAACUAGACGGACCCAUACUUACCCAAACAUGGAUUAAUAGGUUUAUACAUGACUAUGAGGGAAACAUGAUGAAACGGUCUCAAUCCAAGGGAGGAACAUCAAAUGGACCAAAUUUGGGAACCGGAAGAGGUAAGGAGUCCGAAAUGUAUCUCUGUGCCUCCACAUUGUGGGAACUUACUUGUAGUGUAUAUGAUGAACUAGACGGACCCAUACUUACCCAAACAUGGAUUAAUAGGUUCUAUACAUGA